AUGAAUUAUACCUUGUUCACAAAGGAUCCUGAGCAUUUGGUAAAAGUACCACAAUCAGAGGAAAUUGACAACUUUGUGGCAAUGGCUUUGCGGUUUUUAAUUCAAAAUGUCUUGCUCAAAUUAUGCGAUUCCGUUUUUCUGACAAUAUCAACAACAUCCCCAGCAACGGAACUCUGGUUUGAAGAUGUACUUGCGAAAUUGUUUGCCUCCUGGGGUUAUAUGGCCAUUACAAUUGUUCGGCAUAACAGCAAGCGUCAAGAUGUAGUGGUACCUGGAAGGCGUUUUUGUAACAUGAUAAUGGUCGAUUCAUUUGAGAAUUUACAGCGUACCAAUAUAUCCCAGCACAACAGCCAGUAUGAUACGCAAGAGUACUACAUAAUAUUUUUACAAAUACGUGACGCCCAAAUGCCAGAGGAAAGAGCGAAAAUUCUACAAUAUUGCCUGGAUAAUUAUUGGUUACAUUGCAAUGUUAUGAUACAAAACGCAAAGGGCGAAGUUCUGAUCUACACCUAUUUUCCAUUUCAAGAGGAUGCUUGUUUCAGUAGCGAUCCAGUGCUGAUAAAUCAGUUUGAUGGUGUACGUUUUGUAAAUGACGUUAUGUUUCCGAUCAAAGUUCAAAAUCUGUAUGGCUGUCCAAUACGUAUGAAUCUUUGGGAAAUACCACCGUUUAUCUUAUUCCCCGAUAAUACAACGGAAAUUUAUACCGGCCUAGAGAUGAUAAUUUUAAAAACUUUGAGUAAACAUUUGAAUUUUACCAUCGAUGAGGAUAGUCUUGCUGAGAGAAGGGAUUUGGGUGACGAUCGAAUGGAACCAUUUAAAGUGAAAAAUGUUCGCUCUGCCAGUACUUGGCAAAUAAUUGAAUCCCUGUUGGGAUUACCGUCGGUACGAAUACCUGAAAGACUUUCACCACGAGUCACUUUCAUCAUUUGGAUGCUGUCAACAUUUGUAUUGCGCUUAGUUUAUCAGUCGAUACUAUUCUUCGUGUAUCGUACCCAAUUCUAUCGCCAACCACCGAGUACUGUAAUCGAUUUUGCAGUGUCGGGCUAUCGAGCCGUGUGUACUCAACCGACAGCACCUCUCCUGACGUAUAUACCACAGUUUAUGGAUAACUCUUUGCCUUUGAUUGUCCUCAAUACCACCGAUGAAAUGGCACCCCUAAGAUAUAUAGAUAAAAAUUCGCACGAAAAUUUGGUGGCCAUCACCGUGAAAGAUUUCGUUUUUUAUUAUGUCCACACAGAAUCGUCAAGGGGUCGGGUUUUUAUAUUAAUGCGAAUGAGUCUCAACGAUCAAAAGAUAACGUUUUAUGUUCCGAAGCAUUCGUAUUUGGUCGAACGUUUGGAAAACUGCAUUUUAGGUUAUCAUCAGAUGGGUUUUAUGGAACUUUGGCACAAAUUGACAUUUGAAUCGUUUCGGCACUAA